CACGGGCAAGAAAGGUGCAAGGGGGGAUAUUGGACCCGUUGGCCCUCUGGGACCAAAAGGAGACCCAGGAGAUCAAGGAGAAAAGGGAGAGAAGGGAAGUCCAGGAUUUGGCAUUCCAGGGCAACUGGGACUGAAGGGGGAGCCAGGAGAAAGGGGAAAUGUCGGUUUAUCAGGCAAACCAGGGCAAAAAGGAGCAGCUGGCCCAAAGGGUGAUAAAGGUGAGCCAGGACUGACUGGAAGACCAGGAGAGCCCGGCCUAAGAGGUAAAGAUGGAGAACCGGGGAAGAAAGGGGAGCCCGGGGCCCAGGGAGAAGCAGGCGCUCCUGGGGAGCUGGGAGAGAGAGGAAUCCGGGGUCCUUUAGGUCUUCCAGGACGGCCUGGAGAGAGAGGGCUGAAAGGAGAUGUGGGGGAACCUGGCAAAGUAGGACAGCCGGGGCCUCCUGGAGUUCCUGAGAAGACCGUUCCUUCUCUGGAAAGCUACACCGCCAUCAAAGGAGAGAAGGGAGACCCUGGACCACCUGGCAAAGGAAUGGAUAUCAAGGAGCUGGAGAGCCUUUUGGAAGCCUAUGGGAUCAAGCUGACUCUGUUGAAGGAGCUGACUGACCUCCUCCUGAGGAACGGGGUUGAAAUGAUGACCCAGCAGCUAGCUGGCCCUAGGAAGGGCAAGGGCAAGAAGAAGCAGGCAUCCAAACCGGUUGCGGAAGAUAGCUCACCGAAGGACAAUAUUGCUGGUGAGCCCCUGCCUAGCACUGCAGCAGUCACCCAAGAAGCGCCAACUCUCGGUCCAGACUCCCUGGCUCCAGAAGUGGAGGGACAUCUUCUGCCAUCUCCUUCUACUUUCCCACCCACCACGAUUGCUCAGGUGGUGGCAGAACAGAAGAUUACAACACCUACGGACGGCCAUUUCGGUGGCUCUGUGGUGCCAGCAGUAAUUGCUAACCAGACAGGCCCAGGUGAGCUGGAAGCUGAGAAAGCAAAGGACAGCCCCGAAGGGCAGAACCGCACACAGUCUCGAUGGAGUGAGGAAGAGGCAGCUUUAGAGUUGGAAGCAGCUGCUGAAAAUUCCACUUCGGAGAUCCAGGAGGGAGCUUGGUCACUGGAAGAGUCACCUGUGACAAAUGGGACAGAGGGAGAGUUUGAACCCAGCCCUGCUCAUCUUGAUCCAGAGAUCCAGUUUCAUUCUCUGGAGAAUGCAUCCCAUCAGAGCCCAGAGUCCUCAAGGAAGAGGAAGAAAGACAAAGAUUUAUUUGAAAUACCCUCCAGUCUUGAACUAGAGGCAGAACACAGUUCUUCAGAGAAUGAGUCUCAAGUACUGCUGGGGCCUUUGAAGAAAAGACGUGGGGAGUGGGAAAAGGACCAAAGAAAAAGCGAACAGGAAACUGCAGGUGCUGUGGGUGAUCCCGAGGACGUCAGCAGCAUCAGAGUGCGAAGAACAGUGGAGAAUCAGAGCCUCAUGGUUCGUUCCCCUGGUGCUCUUGGAAUUAGAGAGCCGCUGGUGGGAUACCAUGCCAAUAAUGGGAACUGUCUCCAUACCGCCGCCCUUGCUCCCAAGAAGGGCAUUUCCUCGCAAAUGUUGUCAUGCUGCCAGGCGAACGCUUCUCCAUCUCUCCUACAGGCUUACCCAGGUCCUCAUGGAGCAAGGAGAAUUAAGAAGCAAGAGUCAGACACAGUGGAUCCAGAUUUGCUACCCUGCCAAGGUCAAAAGGGAGAAAAAGGGUCUCCUGGAAGCCAAGGCAACAAAGGAGUAAAGGGGGAACCAGGAGAGCCAGGAGAACCUGGCGAGAAGGGUACCAGAGGUGAUGAAGGUGAAACUGGCCAAAAGGGAGAGCCAGGGAUUGGCUUUCGGGGUCCUGUUGGCCAGGCUGGACCUCCUGGGCAUAAGGGUGAGCCUGGGGUACCAGGACCUCCAGGUGCACAAGGUAUCCAGGGUAUCCGUGGCAAUCCAGGAAUUCCAGGAUCUCAGGGAGAGAGAGGUGUGCCAGGGCUACCUGGAAUUCCAGGGCAAAAGGGGGAACGUGGGAAGAGAGGCCGGAAUGGAUCUACUGGACCGGUAGGGUCUCCUGGACUGCUAGGACAAGAGGGGAUGCCUGGUGCCCCUGGAAUCAAAGGCAGCAAGGGGGAGACUGGCCUUGGCAGAGUGGGUCCCAGAGGACCACGUGGCCUCCCUGGCCCCCGGGGGGAAGAAGGAAUUGUAGGCGUCCGUGGUCCUGUUGGCAUGAUGGGACAAAAUGGCCUUACAGGGCUGAAAGGUGAAAGGGGUGAUGUUGGCUCCCCUGGGCCCAAAGGAGAAAGGGGGGACCCCAUGACAAUAUUUGGACCUCAAGGUUAUAAAGGCAAUAAAGGACAUCCUGGUGAAAGAGGCCCUUCAGGAUUUGAUGGAGACAAGGGCGAGAAAGGGGAGGAUGGACCGGCAGGAGAAAAGGGGGUCAAAGGAGAAGCUGGGGCGAAAGGAGUCCUGGGACUGUUUGGUACAAGGGGGCCUGUAGGCCAAAAGGGUGAGCUUGGAGAACCUGGACUGCCUGGAUUUGCUGGAACUGCAGGCCUUGACGGGAAGAAUGGCAUGAAAGGAGCAAAGGGGGACAGAGGCCUGCAGGGCCAGAAAGGGGAACCGGGAGGAAAAGGUGAACCUGGUAUAACUGGUGACAUUGGGCGGAAAGGUUCAAAGGGUUUACGUGGGCUUCCAGGGAGGACAGGACCUCCAGGGACAGAUGGGAUCAAGGGUGAGAUCGGUGGCACCGGGAAGCCAGGAACUGCAGGGGCCGAUGGGCUUCUGGGGCCAAAGGGUGAACGUGGAAAGUCUGGCACAGAUGGUCCGGAGGGAAUUAUGGGGCAGAAAGGAGAAAAGGGAGCCAAGGGCGUGCCCGGUCUGGGUGGCAUUAGAGGACAGAUUGGCCUACCUGGUAAGACCGGUGUUGCUGGACCUCCAGGGCCACAGGGACUGCCGGGUGAGCCAGGACCACAAGGUGAAAGGGGUAGAAGAGGAAGACAGCAGCUGUGUCUCCGGGGAGCCCCAGGGAAUCCUGGUAACAAAGGAGGGAUGGGGGAAGAAGGCCCAGCUGGUCGGAAAGGAGAAAAAGGAGAUCCUGGACUUUCUGCAGAAGAAGUGAAGGACAUCAUCAGGAGCGAGAUGAGCGACCGGCAGGGCAAAAACCUUCACUUGGCAAAUAGAUCUGAAGACUUUGGUGGCAGUUACCUAGCAGAUGCUGCGCAGAGUGGGGAACGGGAUCCCUUGCCGGAAGGCUUGACAAAGCAGGAAUCAGUCCGUGGAAGGCAGGACAAGACCAAACCAGCCAUGCUCCUGAGAAAAGCCGCUCCAUCGGCGACAGAUCCUUGUGUCCUGCCAAUGGACGAAGGUUCCUGUCUACACUACACAGUGCUCUGGUACUAUCACCAGGGAGCCCACCACUGCCGGCCGUUCAUAUUUGGAGGCUGCGGCGGGAAUGCAAACCAGUUUCCGUCCAAGCGGGAGUGUGAGCAGUGGUGCAAGAGGACUGCAGGGAGGUGACCAGUUGGCGGUGGAAAGAGGCAGAACUCGGCCAUCUCCAAGACUGUACAUAUGGCAAAUGGAGAUGUUUAACUGAAGCUGGGUUUUUGCCACUUACCUGUUCUGUGAACAAAGGAGAUAUCACUU